ACAAAAAAGGUAUCCGUACCAAAAAAAAAAAACAAAAUAAAAAAACAAAGAAAAAAAAACGAUCAUUGUACAUACAGUUCAUUCACAGUUAUUUUACCUCUGACAGAUGUUUUCUGAGUGUUGGUAUAACUUUCGACUCGUCUUGAAGAGCUUCUAGCGUUUUUCUUUAACAGUUAUGAUAUUUAAUUUGAUAAAAUGCCGAAAAGGAUUCAAAGCAGCGGAAGAAAGAUUGUAUUAGCAGUGCGUGAUUUUUGUGAGAGAGAAAAGGACAAUAAUGCUCCUUUAAUUCCAUUUGGCAAUGUUCGUCAACGAGUAGCCGCCAUUACAGGUAUAUCUGAAAAAACCGUAAGCACCAUUACCAAAGAAGGUGAAGUAGCUGCUUCCACAUCUCACAAAAUUUCCACGCCGAGAAAGAAACGAACACAGGAAAAAAAAAUUAAAUUGGAUGAUUUUGAUUUGUGUGCAAUCCGAAAUAAAAUACAUCAAAUGUAUACCGUCAGAAAGGAGGUACCGACUUUGGGAAAACUCUUAGCAGAGUUGAAGAUUGACAUAAAUUUUCGUGGAGGGCGUACUACAUUGUGGAAAAUUAUCCGUCAAAUUGGAUUCCGUUUUAAAAAAUGUGGGUCAAAAAGGAAGCUACUGAUGGAAAGACGACAAAUUCUCUACUGGAAGGGACAAUAUGAUGAUAUCAUAAAACUAGUUAAAACCUGCUCUGUCUGUGAACAAACACAAAAAGACAAUAUUAAAGAUAUAGUGCUAAUUAAAAAGAUUCCUACACUUCCAUGGCAAAUAGUUGCAUCUGAUCUAUUUGAAUUAAAAGGAAAAACUUACCUUGUAAUCUGUGACAGCUACUCUGGUUAUUUAGAUUUUCAACAGCUAAAAGGUCAGUCUUCAUAUGAAGUUAUAGAACAACUGAAAAGAUGGUUUGCUGUACAAGGAAUACCCGAAGAGCUACAAACUGACAAUGGAACACAAUACAUGUCUAGAGAAUUCAAAAUCUUUCAAAAAGAGUGGAAAUUUAACCAUGUCACAUCCAGUCCACAUCACCAUCAAGGCAACGGGCUCGCCGAAAAAGCAGUUCAAGUAGCCAAGAACAUAUUAAAAAAAUGUAGGAUUGACAAGUCCGACGUUCAACUAGCUUUAUUAAACUGGAGAAAUACACCAAGAAAUGAUAUUUUAGGUUCACCGAACCAACGGCUAUACAGCAGAAUAACCAGAUCUCCAUUACCUAUAAAAGACAGUAACCUGAAACCAAAAAUAAUGCAAGGCGUCACAGCUGAACUAAAACGGUUAAGAGAACAACAAGCCAGUUACAGUAAUAAGCACACUAAAAGACCAGACCAUUUUGAAAUUAAUGAAAAAGUCAGGCACAAAGUUGCUCAUCGCCACUGGGAAGGGGCCAGAGUGAUAGAAAAGCCUGAAGGUCUACCGAGAUCCGUAAUCAUUCAAACUGAUCAAGGCCAAAUCCUACGUAGAAACUUCAGUCAUCUGCACAAGACACAAGCAGACAUUACUAGCAACAGAGUGGUAGUCCCUGAAACUAAAUACACAGAUGAACCAGCAGUACAACAGGUUCCAGCACAAGAACAAUCACCAGCUGUUCCUAAGUCACUCCCAGCAUCAACAAGCUCGUCACCAAACACUUCUAAUCAUUCGCAGAAGUCAGACAUGGCUCAACCAGCGACAGCACUAAGAACAUCAAGAUUUGGUAAAAUAAUUAAACCAGUAAAUAGACUUGAUCUUUAACAAUACUCAAAUUAGUUAUUAAAUAUUAUUUUAUAAGUUAUAUUAUGUUGUGCUGUGCAAUUUAUGAUUAUAGGUAAUUAGUUAAGUAUUAAUAUAAUAUAAGAAAACUGUUCGAAAAUGGCUUCAUUCACUAUCAUACGCAGACACGGAAGAUUUACUCCCCUGAUUUUUCUCACUGAUACUUACACAUACACACGCUCACACAUACUGCACAAACACACACAAACACACACAAUCUACACACAUACAAACACAUCCACACACUUAAUCGUAAAUAUUUGUUUAUUCUCUCAUUAUUCUAAGUUUAGUCAAAUAAGUGAUCUUGUUUUUUAUUAUCUGAUUUAUAAGUUCUUAUUGUUUAAAUUUUUAUUUACUGUUUUUAUAAUAUAAUCUUGCUCUACCAAAUAAGAAACUAUUUUAAGAACCUCCAACACUCAGGCCCCCAAGAUACAAGCUUCAGCUUAGUUUGGGGACCACUGUUGAUGAAUGUAUGAAGAAUUGUAACUGUGAAACAAUAAAAUUAUUCUAUUCUAUUCUAUUCUAUUCUAAAUAGUACAUAUGUUUAGAAAACAAUGUUUUUAGUUUACAAAGAAAGGGAGAUGUAAAGUAUAGACUAUAAGAGUAUUCUGUUAUCUGUGGUAAAAGACACCUAGUGUAAAACUUGUGUACUAAAUAUAUAUAGUUUCCGUAUCCAACAUGGACCGUUACUCAUUUCUUUAUAAACCCUCAAUAAAUCAAUAAU